GACCGAGACCGCGCGAGCCCGUGUCGGCUGCUAAACGUCACGCCUACCCUCGGGCGACGCAGCGGCGCGUCCGCGCGACGUCGCCGGGGCGCCCGGCGGCGCGCGACGCUCACCCGCGGCGACGGUUCCGACGGCACUUUAACACAUGUUAUGUAAUAGCGAGCGAGACCGAAAAUCGGGAUGCUCCCAUGCCGGAUGCACCGCGCGCGGCCCAGGUGGCACAGGUGGAACGCGCGACGUCGCGACGUUACUCCGCGCGCGUGGAUCGCGUCGCCCGACCGUAGAAGCGAUUAGUCGAGCGUCAUCGGUUGUCAGAGACGAUUUGGAAGUCGGGUGUUAUCACUCGCAUCACCGAACCGUUUGUCAAGUCUGUCCUGUUAAGAGACAAGGGACGAUUUUAACUGGGAUCGGAGUUAACGACGUUGGUGAGAGCCAGGGUCGGGCUGAUGAGCAGAGAACAAUCCGCGAGAGCUCGAGACUCCCGAGUCGUAGACGCGAGGCGGAGAAAAACUCAAGUCGUGUACAAGAGACCUUCGCGACCUGAGUUUUUUUCUGCCUUACAAGGCUUGAGCUCUUACGGAUUGUUCGCUGCCAUCAGCCUUGGCCAAUGACUUGAACGGACAUUAGGUAGACAUUGGCCGACCUGAGUGCGAUAUACGUGUAUAAUAUUCUAUAACAGCUGUUUUGGGUAAUAUAUAGACAAAAGGCGUGCAUCUCUUUAAAUGAUAAUUAAAUUUAAAGCAAUCGAAGCGAAAUUUACACGUAGAGUUGUAAAAGAAAUGAAUGCAGAGAAAUGCCUGUUGUGCUUAAACUUUGAAUU